AUGCUUAAGAAGGAAAAGAGAAAGGUACAGCAAGAAGGUCAAGACCAAGGUAUAAAUCCUUAUAGUACACCACAAGCACUGGGAAAGGCUGUUGCAAAAGUUAAGCCAUACUUACCAGAAAGCCCAAGAAAGAGAAAAGCUGUUGUAGAAAAAUUAGCCUCUUCUACAGGCAUUCACCUUCCAAAGAAAAGAAAAAAGGGAUUUGGUGGAAACUUACACCUGAACCCAGAAGUAAAACAGAAAGUCUACUUAUUUUAUGUGCAAGACUCAAUUUCUAGGCAAUCCCCUGGAAAAAGAGACUUUGUGGUUAGCUGGAAGACUGGCAAGAAAGAGCACCUUCAAAAGAGGCAUCUCCUUUUUUCCUUGAGAGAAGCACAUGCACUUUUCUUAAAGGAAAAUCCUGAGGUUAAAAUUGGGUUGAGUAAAUUUAGCUCUCUCCGCCCUCUCAAUGUUCUUCUUUCCUCUGGAAUUCCUAGAAAUGUGUGUUUGUGUCAAUAUCAUGAGAGCAUUAAAUUGAUUUGUGAUUGCCUUAAGAAAGAGAUCCCCAAAUUUCCAAACUAUUCUGGUGAUUUUGUGGAAAAAUUUGUAUGCAGUUCUGACUCCGAGGCUUGUAUGUUUGGAAGAUGUGCCAAGUGCCUAGACUGGCUUAAAACCAUUACAGAGGAAGUAGAUUUAGAAGGGCCUGCCACACGGUAUGAAUGGAAGCGUGUUGAAACAGUGUCACCAACUGCCAGUAAGAAAGACUCAAAGACCAUGAAGGUUGUGAAGAAAGUGAAAAUAAGCAAGGAGGGAACCAUUGGUGAUGCAGUAGAAUCACUUCAAGGCAAGCUUCCUUCAUUUCUAGCGCAUGUCUUUAUCAAGAGACAGCAAUCCAAAUUUUUUGAGGAAAGGCUAGCCAAACUUGGUCUAAGUGAAGCUGUCAUUCAAGUAGAUUUUGCGGAGAAUUACACUUGCAAAUAUCAGGAUGAACCCCAGUCAGCUCAUUGGAACCAAGAACAAGUAACACUCUUUACUGUGGCCAUUUGGACCAAAGAAGCUGCAGGUGUGGAUAAUGUAUGUGAGUCCCACGUUAUUGUCUCUGAUGAAAUGAUGCAUGACAAGAAAGCAGUGGCAGUGUUUAUGUUUCACGUUGUUGGGUUGAUUUUGAGCUUCGCUUAAAAUGUUUAAUUCGACGCGCGCAACCUUUAUUGUUAUUACGUGUCGAAAUAGAUCAUAUUUUAGUUAAUUAUUAAUGUAGCUCUAUAUAUACCGCUACGUACGUGGUAGAGACAAUUAUUAGAUGUAUGAUUCGUUCAGUGUAAAGUUAGUCAAUAUUUAUCCUAAAGAUCGCGAAGUUAAUUUUCUUUAGAAACAUGUCGGAAUCUAAGCACAACCUUCGUUCUCGUAAGCACCUCAACUACGCCUCGAUAAACGCUGGGAAAAGUGUACAAUUCCCAGCAUACGGAUUUUCUCCUGACCCUCGUCCUCUCCAAGCGCCAGUCGGAGACAACACACCUCGCGUUCAUCAAACACAUGAUUUCACCGAAACCAAACGUCUGUUAGAAGAAGAAAAAGAAAGAAACACAGUCCUUGAGGGGACCUCCCAGCUAGAGCAAGUGAGAAAAGAACUGGAGGCGCUUCGCACCAAAAUGUCAAGCAAGUCUAUGUGUUUUCAGAUGGGCCCAGCUCUCAAUUCAAAAACAAGUGCAUUGCUCACUUUUUCCACACGCUGAACAAGAUAGUUCCUAUCCAGUGGAACUAUUUUGCCACAUCCCAUGGUAAGGGUGUUGUUGAUGGGAUUGGUGGUACCGUAAAAUGCCUCGUCUCCAAUGCAGUGAUGACAGGAAAGUCACCUGUUGUUGCUGAUGCCAAGUCCUUUCACAGGGUUGCAAGCAGCCUUACAUCAUCAGUAACUGUUUCACUUGUAAGCCAAAAGGAAAUCAGUGAUACCUCAGAUUUACUGUCUCUUGAGAAAUGCUUCAGUGAGGCUCUACCUCUUCCUGGAAUCUCAAAAAUGCACUGCAUAGAGCCUCGCAAAGAUGGAACUUUGAACUGUUGCUUGUAUUCAUUCCAGAAAUUGAUUAAAAACAGAGUCCCAGAUGUCUUUCCUUAUCAAUCUGAUGAUGAUGAUGAUGAUGAUGAUGAUGAUGACACCAUUUCAGAGACCUUCUGUAAGGAGGCAGUCAGUUCAGAUGAUGAUCAGGGUGAAGACAGUGACUUUAGCAGUGCAGCUUCAUGUAGUGACGAGAUCAGUCAAAAGGGCAAGCAUGAAAAUAGUGAAGAGAGUGCUGGGGGUGAAGGUGAUGUGGAGGUAACAAACAGUUCAAAGAAAGAAGUAAAUUCUAACUGAGAGUGGCAGCUCCACCAUUGAUGUAGAGUAUGGAUUACCCCCAGAGCUUGUCACUAAAUUCAGUUGCUCAGUGCCCUUUACCCUUCCACCUCACAAGACUGAUUUGGUUGCUGCUAUUCUUGACGGUUAUGUGAGCUUCAAUGGAAAGGGUAUCAUCUCUCCUAGUGACCUCAAUUCCCUGCAAGGUGGUAAUAUGGUAGAAGAAGAUAACUAUCUUACCAACUUUAUAGCUGAUACAUAUUUUGAAAUUACUCAAGCAGCCAGAGCCGAUGGUUCCAAAGUGGUUGUAUUUCCAUGGGAAGCAUUUGAGAAAUCAGCAAUCAAGUUGCUUUUUACAAGAGCAACGGAUACGUUAUUGGAGCAAGAUAUAAUUCUUGCCCGUUCCUGUCCUAUAACAACCGACCAUUGGUUUCUUAUUGCAGUAUUCCCUCAGAAAAAUUUAAUGGUUGCCCUGGAUAGCUUGGCUGGUGAUUUUGUGAAGCCAAGUGUGAAGGCAUCAAUGUUGAAAAUGUGGGAGGUACUGGAGAAGGUUGAUAAAAAUCUG